AUGGCCAGAGGAAAGAUUGUGAUCCGAAAGAUCGAUAACUCUUCGAGCCGGCAAGUCACUUUCUCCAAGAGAAGGAAGGGGUUGAUUAACGCCAAGGAACUUGCGAUUCUUUGUGAUGCAGAGGUUGGUCUUGUCAUCUUCUCCAGCUCUGGGAAGCUCUAUGAAUUUGCAAGCACCAGCAUGAAAUCAGCUAUUGAACGCUACCAUAAUUUGAAACAGGAACAGAGACAAUUACUGAAUCCAGCAUCAGAACUCGAGUUUUGGCAAAAGGAGGCUGCAGUCUUAAGGCAAGAAUUGCAGAACUUGCAAGAUAACUACGGGAAAUUGAUGGGACAACAACUGUACGGAUUGACAGUGAAAGACCUUCAGAAUCUAGAGGAUCAACUAGAGAUGAGCUUGCGUGGCGUGCGUAUGAGAAAGGAACAGAUACUGACUGAUGAAAUACAGGAGUUAAGCCGGAAGGGAAGCCUCAUUCAUCAGGAAAAUGUAGAACUGUGCAAGAAGGUAAACCUCAUUUAUCAGGAGAACAUGGAGUUGUACAAGAAGGUAUUAGGGCUUGUUUACUUGUAUACACUUCAGAUAGACCUUGAAAAAAUUGGACAAAACAAUUACAUCUUCCGAUACUGUUUGCUGAAGUAACAACCUAAUAGAGCUUGGAAAAAAAUAUGCCAGGUUUAUGGCACAACAAAUUUAAAUGCAACAAGUGCAAGUGGCUUUGUUCCAUGUAAUUUAGACACUGGAGAGGAAUCACAUGUUGCAAUCCAUCAACCAAGCAAGCCUUAUAGGCAAACUCACAAGACAGUAGCAAGAGAUAAAGAUUAAGGUACUAAUUAUUUUCUAAUCCUUCAAUGAGUAGUAAUAACAAUGUAGCUCCUUUUUUCUGAAAGACCAUUAUCCCCAUUAUUGAUUCCAAACUCAUGACACAAAAUUGCAGCAUCAGAUCCAAGAACAUGGAAAGGACUUUGGACAUAUGUUACAGGAUUUGCCUUGGCCAAAACACUCCAAGACGAGAAAAAUAUGCUUCUCAAAUGAAGAACCAGACAAAACCUAAUCAGAAAAGUGACAAGUGCAAUACCAUUUGUGAUGUUACCUAUAAAAGGGAAUCUCAGCUAUGGAAGUCAUCUAUCCACGAAAAGCAUGUAUUAGAAAGUAAAAGUGACGCUGAAGUCCAAAUAACAUUUUUCUUAUCGAUUUUGGUAAGAAAUCCAAGAUAUUUACCAACCUGAAGCCCAUCAGUAUAGUUAAUCAUUCUGAAAUAGUUAAAUAAGACCAUCUUUCCCCAAGAAUAUUUAUUAUAUAUACAUAUGUAAGAAAUAAAUCAAGCAAUUCCUUAUUUAAAAAAAUAGAUGGUUCAUAGAAUAUUUCAAGCCCACUCAUAACAGAUACUUACAUUAAGAAAGAAAAAAGAUUGCUAUCUGGAGGUCCUUCAUUUUCUUUACCAUGUUUAGUAACAAUAAGAAUGUUGUUUCAUGUUUCUUAAUCAUUCUACAGCUUCACACAUCCCUUCAUAAGAAAGGUAGCAACAGUUUGGUUCUUCCCCUCAAGAAAAAAAAGAGGGUUCCAUAAGUGUCAACGCAUCAAAUGCACCCAGCUGCUAGAGAGACACACAAUAAUUUCACACCUCAAAGGAAAAGGAUUAUCUCAUAGGAUUUACAACUCAAAAAGGCAUCUCCUUUCAAAGUGAGUUUAAAGACAUUAGGUCAAAAAGACAACCUAAUUAUUGCUAGAACUAAUAAGAAAAAGGGGUCAAGAGAAGAUGUAUAAUAAGCAAGUUUUCACCAAAAGCAAUUUUUGCAGAUGCUAUCCUUUAUGAAGUAAAAUUGUUGCAAGGUUUCCUAACCAAAGUUAGGUUAAAAAUGAUAAAUACAACUGCAUGAGUCUGAUCCAUUUCUUUUCAGUACAUUUUGCUAAACUAUAUAAGCUCCUGUAUUUCUGAAUAACUGCAAAAGAUUCAUUUACCUUCUUCUUGUCCCUGUGUCACUGUUAACAAGACCUAAAUACCUAGAGGUACUCCUAAUGUAUUUGUGCACCAUAGAUACAACAAGGUUUCAAAUGCAAUUAUUGAAAGGCUACUCCUUUCCAAUGUUAUAUAUCCUUCCCAGAAGACCAAAGUGCAAAUUAAGUUUGUAUGAUAACAUUUUCUUCUCGUAAAGACCUAAAGCAAGAUUAUGUUAACCAACAUCAUGCACCAAACCAAUGUCAGGUGCUGAUUUCCAAUACUUCGCACAUCCUAAUACAUGGCAUUAUUUCCAAGUCUUUUAUGUGUCUUUGAAGUCCAUACUACCAAGCCCUUAGAGGUAUCAUAUCAUGCCUACAGCAGACUAUUGACCCCAAGAAUCAGAAGGUGAGAUUAGGGGUUCGUUGAUUGGCCUUGGCAAAUAUAAAAUGCUAAAUAUGUAUACAUAUGCAAAAAUAUUAUCUAUAUGUGAAUGCACAGAAAUCUAGAUUAGCUUUCACUAAUGCUAAAACAUGACCGUCUAAAAGAGAUAAAACAAGUGCCAAUGUAUAUGUCAACCUACCUGUCACAACUAAAGAAUCUAAAAUAAAUUCAUACUGAAUGUUAUUGGAUACCUCAGAAGUAUUUCCUAUGUUUUUUAAGUGUUUAUUCAUCUCAUUUUAGACAUCUCGUUGGCAUCCUAUAUCCAAUGUAUAUAGCAUGCAAAUAUGCGGAUACAAAAUUUUUCAUGACUUUAUACAUAUCACCCACCUCAACAACCUCCCAGGCUAAAAAGAAAUGACAAAUUGAAAGAAAUCAAUCUUUACCAAUUCAUCUUAAGACCAGCAACUAAACUACUGGCUCAGAACAGUUGUUCCAAAGAUCAUUAACCCGUACCUCCUCUAGGAGUCUCCUAUUUUAUUUCAGACCAAAAGAAAACAUCACAACAACUACUUGCUAACUAACUCAUCAAGUUCUUCAAUUAUAUAGAUCCAGAGUUAGGUCUCCCUCAUUCAUAAAUUCAUUCUCAUACCAAACCAGUUUUCCUUUUAUUUUUAUUAAAUCCACUAGAUUUUUUUAAAAAAAAAAAAAAAAAAA